AUGGAGGGAACUCCGGUGGACUGGUGGAUUGCCAUGAAGCUGCCAGGCGCUGAUGACCUGGCAUAUUUGGACAGCCAGGACGCAGCCAAGCUUGGAGAACAAGCACGCUUCAGGCAAGCACCAAUGCAGCCGCUCAUAAGCAACAAGCAAAUGUACAUGCCUGCCGAGGCCAGCGCCCUUGACAGGACGCUGCGCCAGCUGUACGCUGACGAGCACGGCACCUAUUCAGGAGGUGCCACAUCAGCAGACGACAGAUUAGGCCGCCCCGGCCACAUCAUGUACAGCGAUGAGCCGCCGCUGGUGGAGGGAUUGAGUGACGAGGACUCUUUUGGGUUCGCGUUCACACAGGGCAAGGGCGUCAUGGGCUAUGGGGAGCAGCAGGGCUUCUGGCUUGUGCACAGCGUUCCCUCCUUCCCAGCAGCGCCCAGAAAGGGCGUGCCUAGGAGGGAGGCAGGCAAUGCGCACACCUUCCUGUGCAUGUCGGCGGCCACGCGCCAGCUCAGCGCCACGUCAGCAACACUGCGCGCGAACGCUUACUACGUCUACUCGGAGGCCGCGCCUGAACAGGCUCGGGGAUUACUAAGCGAUGCGCAGCGCGCGGCGUUCCCUGACCUGGUUGGCUUGGAUCCUGAUCAGGACGCGGCCAAGGCAGGCUUUGGCGUCAAAGUGACAGAAUUUGAAACGCUGAAAGGCGAGCGUUUUGUGGUGUUUGCAAACGACGGCCAGCGGCCAGGGGUUCGGGUGAUGAGGGACAUUGUACAGUCCUAUUUUGGCAACGGCAUGUUAUAUGCUAAUCCCCCUCCCGACCAGGGGAGCGAAGAGGGUCCAUGCCAGGGCGGCGACUCUGUGUUCCCUUCGCUGCAUGCCAGGGAAUAUUUCCUGGAAGAUGCAGACAUUGCAUGGACCGCCGCUGAGGACCUCUCCACAUGGGCCAUCUCCCUGGGCGGCCAGAGCCGCUGCCGGGACGCGGCCGCCGCAGCCGAGCCGGCAGCUUCCAUGCAGCCUGAUCAGGCUUCUGUGGACAAAGGAGCCCUUGUACAGCAGGAUGUCCAGCCAAAUGAUGAGUCACCGCCGAUGUGGUCCCAGACGAUGACUCGCCCCGUGGCCAGCGCGUCUCGCCGGCGUUUAUUGGCUUCGCAACCCCUGCCGGAUCAGCGGAGGGCAGGGGGUUUGAGGGCCUGGUUUGGCGACCUGGCAGCUGAAGGCAAGGCAUGGUGGAGGACUGUUCGCGGUGUGGCAAGCUCAGAGGACGCUGCGGACGACACCAGCUUUCUGCCGGCGGUGCCCCUAUACACCCCUCCGGACGCAUCAUACCCCUCGGCAGCUGCCGGCAUCCUGCAGAGCCGGGCAGACGCGUUGCAAGAGGCUGCCGCUGCAGCAGAGAGCGCCCAGGAUACACUUUUGCAGGAACGCCCCAUGUUGCGCCAGCAGCGAGAGGCGUCUGAUGCGUGGCGGGAACCAGCAGGGUGCAUGGACGGUUCGUGCAAAACUGCAAAGCUGGCAGAGCGAGUGGCGGCACUCGAGGAGAAGCUGCAGCGGCUGGAGAACUUUGUGGUGGAGGCGGACGAUGACCUGGCAGAUGACGUGGAUGAGCUGGCGAAUGAUGAUGAGGACAACGAUGAUGAACUGGAAGAAGAGGAUAUGAGAAAUGAGGGCGGGGAGGAUGGCAUUGCACAGGCUCUUAUGUCAGGGUGCGAUCAAAGCGCAGCGCAGCGCAGCGUGGCAUGCAUGCACGAUGCAGGCCGCAGCCUUCAGUCGGCGGAUCUGCCGGGAGGGGUGGUGUGCUCUGCAGGGAACCCCGCCAUAUGGGCGGCCCUCCGCGACCUGGUCCAGUCAGCAGAAGUUGCAACCGCGUCCCGGUGCUAA